UGUAUCACUAUAAUUAUUUACUAUAUUGUCGUCUUGUCGUCUACUUUAAAGAAAGAUCGAAAUUUAAGCUACGAUGAGACUUGUUAUGAUAUUAGAUUUUCUAGUGAUUUGGACUUACGCUUUAACUCAAAGAGAAUUAAAAACUGACAUGAAAUGCGAACCGUAUAGGGCUUACAUUAUCUGGGAUAUGUACAGAGAUGAGGGUUCAUUUUAUGAUCAAAGAACAACUAUAUCAAAACUUAUAAAUGCAUCGUCACAGGGCUCAGUUAUACGUUUGUCUGUGGUUGGCGCAACAUUAAAUCGUACCUAUAAUUUUAUAAAGGAUAAUUCAAAUUCCAGCUGGGCGGAAUUGAUAGUUCGGAUUAGACCGGGAAACAUAAGGCACAAAAUCCCAUACACACUUCUAAGGACAGAAGUUUCUGAUACAUUAACUCACAACAAUAGUCUGAGAAUGGCAGAGGAGUUUUUCUUGGUUGUGGAUGGAAAAUCAAAGUUAGAAAAAACGAAGAAGACAAAGAAAAUAAUGAAAGGAAAAAAGGCGUAUAUUGUGUUCGCAGGAAACAGAGAGCUACCGGAUGUUUGGGCCAGGGUUGCUACUGACAAAGAACAUGUACUAGAAAACAUUGGACAAACUGACCUGGGGACAUUUUUGAGCAGAGUUUGUAAAGAUUCGAAACUGUAUUGUGAUACGAAUAAGUACUGGCGAGACAGCAGCACGUGUUAUAGAUGUUCGUUUAUAUGUACUCAGACACCCUCUGAAUAUUGUCAGGUGGCAUGUCCUUAUUUUGAACGGCUGAAUCGAUGUACUGACAUUCCAAAUAUGGCAACUGAUAGUAACAGUGGUCUCGUACGUUUAUCUCACAUCGAGAUUGGUUUCUAUAUCACUGUGACAGUUUUACUAAUUCUUAUUAUUAUUUUGAUCAUAUGUCUUGAUCUGAAGAUUCGUCAGAUUCGUAAAGAUUCUGGAAAAAAUCAACAUAAAAAGAUGAUGCCGACGGAACAGUGA